ACAUCACCUCCCCUAGCGCUUCGUUGCUGGGCUUCUUCUCGUUCCCUCUUGGCUCGCUUCUCGUCGCCAUGGCGCCGAGGAAACCUAGGGCUUCGAGCCGGAAUCCCGAGCUCAUCCAUGGGAUCGGGAAGUACUCGCGGUCGAAGAUGUACCACAAGCGCGGGAUCUGGGCGGUCAAGGCCAAGCACGGCGGCGUUUUUCCCCUCCACGAGCCCAAGGCGGCGGCGCCCACUCCUGCCGAGAAGCCCCCCAAGUACUACCCUGCCGAAGACGUCAAGCACCCCAUCCCCAAUCGCCGCAAGCACAAGCUCACUAAGCUCAGGGCGAGUAUUACUCCUGGGACGGUUCUGAUCCUUCUCGCUGGGAGGUUCAUGGGGAAGAGGGUCGUCUUCUUGAAGCAGCUCCCUUCGGGUUUGCUUCUCGUUACUGGACCAUUCAAGAUCAAUGGAGUACCUCUAAGACGAGUAAAUCAGGCUUAUGUCAUUGCAACAUCUACUAAGGUUGACAUAUCUGGAGUCAAUGCUGAGAAGUUUGAUGACAAGUACUUCACCAAGGAAAAAAAGAAGAAGAACAAGAAGGGAGAGAGCGAAUUUUUUGAGACUGAAGAGGAAACAAAGGCACUCCCACGGGAGAAGAAGGAUGAUCAGAAGGCUCUGGAUACCCCAUUGAUAAAAGCCAUCGAAGCAGUUCCGGACUUGAAGGCCUAUCUAGGUGCCAGAUUUUCACUUAGGGCAGGCAUGAAACCCCAUGAGCUUGUCUUCUAGGCACUUUGUCCUAACCUUUUCCCUCAAAAAUUCUCCGUUUAGAUUCAGCCUAGGUGGUGGUACUUUCAGUUUUGAAUGUCAAGAAGGAUAUUGGAUUUUUGUUUCAUGCUUGUCUUGUGGGUGAAUUGAAAAUUUUAAUCAGUAAAGUGUUCUGCGGUGGAACUGGCUGUAAGUUAUGUCUUAAUUGGGAAGAUUACUGUUCUACCUUCAACAUAUAUCAUUUCUUGAAGACAAUGUGCUAUAUUUCUAAGA